ACGGAGCAAAGACAUUUCUCUGCAUUCAUCGACACAUAUUGCCAUUUGUGUUUGACAGCUCUGACGAAAAUUGACUCUUCAACUGAAUUCAAAGCAACAUUAAACUGUCUAGAAAAUAUAUUCACGUUUUCUGCAAAAACUAAACGACGAAUCGAGUAAAUCAUUAGAAAUUGAAUUUUCGUUGGAAAUAUUUCGAAAAGGAGGUGAAAAAUGACUGAUUCAGAAGCUGCAUCGAACGGCAAGCAUCAGAAAGAUGAAGAAUCGAAUUGUCAGCAAAUCAAUGAUACACCAACGAAAGAAGUACGACUCACAAAUCUCAUCGAAGAUUGUCUUGAGCCGAUUUUCAUGAAGCUGAGCAUCGAGAAUCUCGUGGCCAUUGUCCACACCAAUAAACAGUUGAAGCCGGCUGCAGCAUCAGCAUUCGCACGCAAAUUCGGCACCAUGAAAAUUGUUCUGUCUAAUUUGAGACACAACCUACCGUUCGACUCAAAAAAGGAUUCCAUCCGGGUCGUCGAUUUGAACGUUUCGUUGCGGCUACUGCGCUCAUUCGGUCAUAGAAUCUCCAAGCUUCAUAUUGGCCAUAAAAAUUCGAUGGGUUCGGUUAUAUUCAGCAAUGGACUACUGAUAAAUUAUGCCAACAAAUAUUGUAAGUCAUUGGUCGAAAUUACAUUCGGCCCUUUUGCAAAUACUGAUCUCAGUUUGGCUGCGCAUGAACCAUUCCCAAUGGUUGAAACGGUUAGAUUUUGGCGAUGCAAUUUGCGUCGAUUCGGUCAAUCCGAAUUUGAUGGAUGUUUCCCUGAAAUUCGUCGUUUGGAAUUUGUUGGAAAUGUACCCAGCAACGAAUGCAUCGUCGACUGUUUGCCAAAUCUGGAACACUUGGUCAUCAACGGAUCAUUAAAUCGGCACAACAAUGACACAAUACCGAUUUCGCUUGCACUCAAUCCACAAUUGUUGUCGCUAACGUUGAAAUCGGAUGAUGCUUUAUUCAUUCUACGCAAAGGACGGCCUUAUCUAGGGCUACUUGAAUCUCUUAGUGUCACUUAUGAUUCCAAAGACCUUAUGAAUGUGCAUUUUGGGUUUGAAGUCAACGAGGUGAUUCAGUUCGAAAGCUUGCGAAAAUUGGAAGUGAAUUUCACCGAUUUAUUCUGCGAUUCAAUCCCACACAUUCCGUUCUCAUCGCAUCGUCUGGAAGAGUUGGAGGUGUCCAUCGGUAAUUGUGAAUAUAAAACGUUCAAUCGCUUAGUUCGGUAUCUCCAGAAGCAUCAAAACAUCACAAAGUUCACUUUGAUCGAAAGAAGCGAUUCGUUUUGGGAACCAUCAUACAUAAGUGAAGAAAGCAAAAUGAACAUUUCCGAGGCGAUGCUAUCGCUGGAGGAGGCUGACUUUUGGAACAUUGAAUUUUCUACCGGAGAGGUGAAACAGUUCAUUGGAAACUGUAAAACGUUGCAUCGAUUCGGUUUCAAAUUCAUCAAUGGCGGUGACUUCAACGACUUGAAGAAGCGUUUGGGCAGUGAAUGGGAAGCAUCGAUUGACCCGAAUGGCAACGUCAAAAUUGUGCGAAUUUAGAAAAAGCAAUCAUCUAAAUUCAAGCAGCUCAGAACAAUGUUAAGGAACUUUAAUUUACAACGACAUGGUUGAACCAUUUAGUUUUUCAUUUAAUUUUAUAUCGCCGAAAGAUUUUAUUUGUUUUUAUACGUAUUUUUGCAUCACAAUAAUGUUGAAUAGUUCGAAUGAUCCCAAAACACUUAGUUUUCCUCAGAAAAAAAUGAAAAAUAAUAACUUUUUUGGGCUGAAGAAAAAAAUCUUUAUUAGUUCAUUAAAACCACUACAGAUUUUAUUUUCAAAAUAUUUCCAAAUAAAGCGCAUGUACAAAUA